AUGGACUAUCACUCAGACAUCCUGCCAUCCAUCUCUCGCGACAGACGUGAAGUUUGCCUAACCAUACCGUUUGAUGAGCUCCUCGCAUUCCUUCAGCGAAAUUUCCGCCAAACGUCGGUGGAGAUGGGUCUUACCGUUCAGAGUGCGCCACUUACAAGCUCAAUAUGGGAUCUCAAUCUCUCGAUAUCCCAUACAGCGGGCCCCGAAGCCGGCUUAAUCGUUGCCCGAAGCCUCUCUCGAUGGCAAGCUGCCCUUCGCCUUGCAGAGUCGGCGGCAGGCAUUCCGCGCGCCAGCCUCAACCUCGAAACUGUCCUCUCCCGAACACCCUCACUACCUCCCCAAAUUCCCAAUGAUCUCGCUUGGGUUGAGGCAUGUUGCCUCGCAACAAAGACUGAGCGCAUCCAUACAUCGUCACUGCCCAACUUUGUGGAUUGGGAGGGAAAGCCAAACAACGGUAUUGCCAUUUUGGUUCUAGGUUGGGCAUACAUCUUAACUGCCAGCCUUGCGGAGAGGCAGAAUCUUGCCAUGGAGUACGCUUCAACCUCUGACAACCCUUCUCGUGGGCCAGAAAUCAACCUUGACUAUGCCUCGCCGCAUGAAAUUGCCUGGUGGAAGGCCAUUACUGCUCCUGGAAUUGGAUGGUCUAUUUCUGGCGGUCAGAUAUCACCAUGGGCACUGCAAGUUGACGAUAUCGGCCUUAGUAUUAGGGGCAAACUUGAUGUUAGCCAGCGCCUUCCAAGAUCUAGAGAAGCUGCACACUACCUCUCAAGGCUAUACCAUGCCUAUGAUCUUGGAAGUCAGUGCUCUGCAGCACUUGCAGCAGCUCUCGCCCUCCCGUCUCACACAGUAUACCACAAGCCUGCCACAAUCGAGCUUCCCAGGCCCUCGUUCCCGAUUCCUGCUCACUCUCCAGGUCAGCAAGGGUACCCCAUUGAGUUUGACAACCUUGGUUACUACAUGUCAUUCAGUCUUAGCGAGUCGAUUUUCGAGCUCGCGCCUCUAUGGCUUGGCGUUGCGCUCUGCGGGCCGCAGGGCCUCGUGAGGUUAAUCCUAUCCUCACUUGAAAAAGCAUACUACUAUCCACAGGUGGUCAAUGAUAUAAACUCUGCCGCAUGGACUGGCAUGGCCCAGUCAUUUAUGCAUAUCCAUCCUCCAGGCCCCUAUCUUCGUAAAGGGAUGGUAUCAAGAGCAGAUAUGCGGGAGGAGGACGUCGAGCUUGAGAUCCGCAACCAUUUGCAAUGCUCUGUGCAUAGGUGGAAGUACGCGUGGUGGACUUGGUUGCCGGGCGGAAUCAAGGAUGUUGGAUAUUUGCCUGAUGGCAAGAUUUCGCUACCACCGGAAAAGUUGCCCGGAGAAGGCGACGGGAUGCAGCAAGGCCAAGCCCCGGAGACGAUGAACCUCUGCCAUGUAUCGAAGCGCGUCACGGAAAUGGCGUUCUGGUACUGUUGUACCCAGGUUGAGGAGGGCUUCGGCGGCACUCUGGAAGGCCAUCCGUGA